AAUAUAAUUGUUCUAUCGACACUUAUCAAUGUUUUCCAUGUUUUCUAAUCAAAUAACGUUUUGUUUUUAUAUCAAGAAUCUUGUUGUUAGGUAAUGGAUAUGAUGAAAUCUAAAUCAAUGAUGAUGAUUAGACAAUCCAAGUUAGUGAUUAAAAGGACAACAAUCAACAUUUGCAUAGAUUUUUGUUGUUUUUGUUAUUCUAAAGGAGAGAAAGUUUCAAAUUAACUAUCGAUCCUAAUCGAGAGUUCGAAAACUUUUUCUCGGCGCAAGACUUUCGAUUCUCAUUAUUAUUGUUCUUCUCCAUCAUUCUCACUGUUUCUCAUUCGAAAUCUACUCCCACCUUUCUCAUCUUCAUCUUCAUCUUCCUAACGAUCAUUUCACCUACGAACAGGUAGUUAAUAGUAAUGAAAAGAAAACCAAACCAAUAACAACAAUUAAUUUCUUUUGUGUUUCCAAAUUGUGAUUAACCUAAACAUCCAACACACAUUGUAAUUUUUUCCUUCUUCUUUAUAACAAUUUAUUCAUUCUGUGAGUUAAUUAACUUAUACCAAAUAGUUACACUGAUCAUCAAAAAUAAUCAAUAAUCAACAAGAAUUAAAAAUUUACUCGGUGAAGAGAAACAAAUUUUUCCAAUCAAUUCAAUUUACUGAUACAUCAAUCAUCUAACCAUCACAUUAAUGAAAACAAUUUAAAAUAAAAGUCCAAGGAAUUGGAUUUUUGUUUAAUUAUUUUUGGAGAGAUUUAACUUUCUAAUUAACUUAAUUGGUGUUCUUCAAAUUAAAUCAAAAAUGGCCUGGGCCUUGUAUAUGUUUCGAGAAACUUUCCAACCCGAAGAUCCUCAAAUCCUUGAUUCUCAUAUUAAACCCGAAACUAAAUUAACUUUCGUUGAUUUUGUGCCUAAUGCUGUUGAACGAACAUCAACUGCAAUUUAUCAAACUGCAGAAAUUAAAUAUCACCCAUUCAGGGAAAUGAUUUUAUUGGCUAACGAUUGGUUAGCUGAGAAUCCAUCAUGGAGAGCGAUUAAUUGUGAAUCGGUUACCCUUUUAUUCAAAGCCAACGACACUGGAAACCUCGAGCUAAGGCCAAUAGACGCUUCCUUUUAUAUCUAUGGUUCAGCUAAACAGCACAUUGUCAAAGCUUUGAGAUUAUGGAUUAAACGUAAGCCUAUUACAGGCGAUGAAAGUGAUAGUUAUGGAGGAGAGACUAUCGAACCACAGAUAUUGGAUUAUAUUGAUAUUAUUCCCGAGAAUCGUGGUGAUGGUGAUUCGUUUUGUCCCAAAUUCGAGAAUCUUAAUCAGUGUGUUGAAAGGAUCAAUAAGAUGACCCAAGAGAGGAAGAUAAAUGGAACCAUAAUUACCAUUGAAAGUCUUAAUUGUGAAGCGGAAAUCGAUUGGAAAAUUAAUCCUGAACAAACGUUAAACUUUUUCACCAACAAAACGGUCACCAUAAUACGAAUUUUCUAUGAGAAAGGUCCACCGAAUCAACUGGAAAUAGGAAUUAAAGAUUUCGUUCCUAAGAAUAUCUCUGGUGGUGGAUUCUUUAAACGCCCCAAGUUCGAGGCUUUCUCAUUGGUACUAACUCGAGCAACUAGAUGGUUAUCAGAAAAUCCCGACAUCUCCCUACGAAAUGCACAAUCAUUAGAUAUUAAGCUUAAAUCACUCGGUUCGUGCGAUUUAACCUGUUCAAUGGCCUACACGGAGCACGGUGAUUAUUUGAAAAUAUUUCGAAUCGCAUAUACCAAAUGUCCUAAAUCGCAAUCAACAUUGUCACUUAAUCUGAGCAAUGCAAUCAUGGAAACUAAAUCAUUAAUUCUUGGAAGUAAAUUGUUCAUGCCAAUCAAAAAAGGUGAAUCAUUAACAGAGAUUAGACAAAGAAUGGAAGAUUGGAUCAACACAAUUCCAAAAGUUAAUCUUUUCACAGACCAAGUUAACGGUGAGAUUAACCGGCCAAUUGAAAUUCUGAGCGCGGAAACGGUCGAGGUUUUCUGCCGAAGUGAUGACAACGAACUCGAAAAGGCCGUUGAAGAUACAUUUCAAUACAAUCGAUUCGGCACCAAAAAUGGUUACAUUUUCAUCUCGCUUCGAGUUUAUUUCGGUCUACCUGGUUUACCAAAUUUACUAAUUUCUCGAGUUGAUGAUAAUCUAAUUCAGUCCAUGUCACUGACCAACGAUAAUGGAUCAUCUUGUAAUAUCUUAUGAUUAAUUGAUCGAAACUUCAUUUAAUUUAAUGAACACUUUUUUUUCAUAUUCGAGAUAAUAACUAAUUGAUUGAUAAUAUUGAUCGCAAUUAAUAUUACUCAUUAUUACAUAUUCAUAUCACUCUUGGAUUUAAAUCAGAAUCAAUUUGUUUUAGUUUGAAAAACUUUUCCCCCUGAAAACUGAUUAAUUGAUUUGAUUUACUUAUUAUUACAAUUAACUGUUGACUCUCAUUUGUAAUAUAUAAUCAAAUUAAUUGUAUGAUAUUGUAUCCAUAAAGAAACAGAUAAACUUUCAAUUGUUAUCAUUAUUUGAAUAAAAAUCAAUCGUUAAUCAUUAUGGAAGUGAUUUAAUUAUUGAAGAGAAAAUCAAUUCUAAUCAAUCAAAUCAAUAUCUUAACCUAGAGACAAGAAAUUAAAAUAAAAAUCAAAUUAAAUGUAAAUAUUUAGGUA